GGAGCCCUAAAGAUAUGUGCUCCUUAUGUGGCUAUGGUGCUGGUACAAGUAGGUUAUGGUGGAUUCAACAUCCUCAUGAAGAUUGCCCUCAACAAGGGACUCAGUCAAUAUAUCUUUAUAGUGUACAGACACCUUAUGGCCAUGGUCUUGUUAGGCCCUUUAGCCUAUUUCCUUGAGAGGACACCUCGCCCUUCUCUUUCAAUUCCCAUAAUGAUCAAGGUCUUCUUCCUAUCAUCAUUUGGGACUACAAUUAGUCUCAAUGUCUACUAUGUUGGCCUUGAUUAUACUUCCCCGACUGUCGCGAGUGCAUUAAGUAAUGUCAUCCCUGGUUUAACAUUCAUCAUGGCACUUCUGCUCAGGUUGGAGAGAUUGAAUAUCAACAGUGCUAAGGGGAGAGCUAAGGUCAUUGGUACAUUGAUUUGUAUUGGUGGAGCAAUGAUUUUUACUUUCUGGAAAGGAGGGUACCACUUCAAAGGCUUAACUAGAAGCCCAUUGAUAGACAUUGAUGAAUCUAGAGGUUCUGUUCAUGGGUUAAGGCACCACAAACAGGACUGGAUUAAAGGUUCACUUCUUAUUCUAACCAGCUAUGUUGCCUGGAGUGUAUCCCUCAUACUACAGGCACUGGUUGCCGAUGUCUAUCCGGCGCCAUUGACGUUGAACACUUUGAUUUGUUUCAUUGCUUCAUUGCAAUCUCUUGUUCUUGCUCUCUUCUUUGAGAGGGAACCAGCUUUGUGGAGACUACAGUGGAAUGUUCAGCUUUUGACCCUCAUCUAUGCGGGAAUCAUCAACUCAGCUUUAGGGUACUACCUACAAACAUGGUGCAUCAAAGAGAAAGGACCAGUUUUUUCAGCUAUGUUUUGUCCCUUGAUCCUAGUGAUCGUUGGCACAUUCUCAGCAAUUGUCUUCGCUGAGAGACUUCACUUGGGAAGUUUGAUCGGUGCAUUCCUUAUUGUGUUAGGCCUUUAUACCGUAUUAUGGGGCAAAAGCACAAACAAUUGCAGUGAAGGGAAGGAUGGGGAUGAUAAAAGUUCUCUUGAUCAUCAGACACUAGAGAUCUCUAUAGCUAAUCAACCCUUCAGCAUGACCAACCCUACCACAAAUAGAAAGAACUGACCAGUCUUUUAUGUUCUACAUUGAAGAGAUUGUCAUACAGUGACUCAUUACAGGGUACAUGAAUUAAGCAAAUGCCUUCUAUAAUUUGAAGGCAAAAAAAAAAAUAUUGCAAAUACUAGACUAUAAUCAUACAAAUUCAACUGGGGAAGCUUAAUCUAUCACAUAAUCAGAGGUUAUAAUUGAAAUGUAUUGAAGCUGUAGGU